AUGUUCUUGGCUCACAAUACAACCUGUGUAGAGAAGCUGAAGAUUGAGCUUGAGUACAAUUGUGCUACCAUCUCGCUCACCCUUGAUAUCUGGACAGCACCGAAUCGGGUGCCUAUUUUCGCCAUUAUUGCGCACUGGAUUACGCCGGAGUUUGAGGAGAGAGAAGAGGUUAUUGAGUUUAUCGAGCUCAAAGGAUCGCACACUGGCAAACAACUAGCUGAGAUAGUUGAGAAGACACUUGAGGAGCUCAGGCUCAAGCCCAAGCUUCUCGCCAUUACGGGAGACAACGCCGCCAACAACGGCACGCUCUGUCAGUCUCUGUACGAUUCUCUCAAGAUCAAGUUCGACGACAAGGUGAGCCCAAUAGGGAGGCCCCGCAUGCGCUUUCACGGCAGGAAGAGUUGGAUCCGCUGUCUAGCUCACAUUACCUCACUCAUUUGCGAGGGCGUCCUGCAAGAUCUCAAGGCAGGCACAGCGAAGGAAGCCAAGAAGAUGCUGGAUAAGUGGGACGAAGAGAAUAAAAGCAACAACUACACCGUUCCGGGAGACUCUAGUCGAAGAGCAAGACUUCAAAAGCAUGCCCGCACGCACCAUCGGAAGCCAACCUACGAUGUCGACACUCGUUGGAAUUCGACCUACGACAUGAUUGACCAAUUCCUGGAGCUUGAGGCAGAAUAUACCGAGUUCGUUGAUACUCACCAGCAAGUCAAGUGCCUCCUGCCCUUAUCGGAAGAGAUUGUCGCGCUCUAUCAACUACGGAAGGUUCUGAAGCCGUUUAAAGACCACACUCUGAAAGUCUCCGAAGCUAUGCCGCAGAUCUCACAAAGUCUCGAUAUCUAUUGGGAUUUGGAAGCUCUCUUGAUGAUGUAG